AUGUGGCCACACACCAUCCUGGCAGUGUUGUUGUGCUCCCAACAACUAUGUACCGCUUGGUCGACACGUCUACCGCUUGAAGUGUACGAGCUGACGGCAACAGCAACAGCAGCCGCAGCAAACAGCGCGGCCGAUGAUAGCAGCAUAAAUAAUAAUACCCGACUUAGAAGCUUGGAAUAUUCCACAGCGAAUGCAAAAGCGUAUGUGCAACAAGCGGCAACAACAAAAACCGCAUCAACUAUACAACCGAUUGCAACAGAUUUGCAUUAUACGGCAGCAGGUGUGCCGCAACAGCAUCAACAACAUGAACAUAAUGCGGAUCAUCGCCGUUCACGCCAGAUGUUGCAGAUUAUCGAACAGCAACAACAACAACGUGAACACCAGCAACACAAAUAUCAUCGGGAAUCUCUGCUGCAGCAACAACAACUGUUAAAGCUUUCAAAAUUCACAAGCCCUUAUGCAGUAUAUGAGAAGGACGACAACAGCUAUAAUAGGCAGCGACAUAGUGGGGCACAUAUUACAGCUCAGAGCGUCCGCAUACUCUAUCAAGUUGGGAAUUCUGAGGACGAUUUACCGAUUUGUGCACCGAAUGCUGUUUGCUCGAAAGUCGAUUUGUAUGACACACCUUGGAUCGAGCGACAGUGUCGCUGUCCGGAAUUGAAUCGCCAGCCACAUGUUAUACUACACCAUCAUCCCCAACACAGCAGCGUCUCCUCGGGUGAAGUCACACACGACAAAUACCGUAGCUACUAUGAAAGAGAGCGUAUGUUGCAACACAAGCGACUGCUAGCAGGCGACUUCAAUGAUAAGAAAUUCGAACAGCUACAUUUGAAGAAGUUGAUGCAACGUUUGGGAGCUGUCUACGAAGAGGAUUUACACUUGCAACCAACUGACUAUGCGGCAUCCUCAUCGCAUAGUGAGGCCAAUGACGCCUUACUCAAUUCACAGGAAGACGAAGAGCUCAGUGAGCUUAGCGAUAAUGAAUUUCCACAUACACUAUCGCAUCGCAAUUAUUACUCGGUGGAGCCGACUACGGCUCAUAUGCGGCACUCGGGUCAUAAUGGGCAUCAUGCUAAGGAGUCCAUGAUCACCUUCAUUGGGGGCUGUCCGAGCGGAUUGCAUGUGGACGAUGGUCAUACGAUUGUCGAUAAGACGCGUCACUAUAAAAUGUGCCAGCCGGUGCACAAGUUGCCUGUGUGCAAACAUUUUCGCGACUAUACAUGGACGCUUACCACUUCAGCUGAGCUAAAUGUGACCGAGCAAAUAGUUCAUUGCCGUUGCCCCAAGAAUUCGGUGACGUAUUUGACAAAACGGGAGCCCGCUAUAGAUGGCGCGAGCGGGUACACCUACCUCUUUGCUUGUUCACCCAUAACACGCAUUCGAUGUCAACGCAAACAGCCCUGUAAGCUAUUUACUGUACGUAAACGACAAGAAUUUCUCGACGAAGUCAACAUCAAUGCGCUUUGUCAGUGCCCGAAAGGACAUCUCUGCCCCAGCCAUCAUACCCAAUCGGGUGUCAUCCCUGGCGAGAGCUUCUUGGAGGAUAAUAUACAAACCUAUUCAGGCUACUGCAUGGCCAACGAUUGAUGGUCUGAGCUGCACAUAACGGGGAAAAGACGCCAUCAAAGAAAUAGAAAAUUUAAAAAGCACAAAAAGGAAAAGCAAAAACAGGCAAGGCCGCUGCAGCAGGGUAGGCGAAAAACUGGGCAGCUGACCACAUUCCAACUACAGCUAAGUGUGGAUUAUUUGGUGGAAGCAACAGUGGAACGGGUACAAAAGAAACAUAGCUGAUAAAAAAAAAAAACUAAAAAAUAAAUAUUAAAAAAAGUUAGCGCGUUGACAGCAGCUACAAGACAUUUAGUCAAAACGGAGACAUGUAAAAAAACAAAAAAAAAAAUACAUAGUUGACUGAGCCAAUUGAGUCUCGUCUUUUUAAUAACUUUAUGUAACGGACUAAGUAAAUGAAAAUUAGACAUACGAAAAUAAUGUUUUUGUUGCUUGCUUAACAUGACUAGGAUAUACUGUAACUAAUCUUUACAUACAAAUAUAAAUAUGUAUUUAUAUUUUAUUAAAAUAAGUUAUUUUAUUGGUAAUGUAAUGGCAGCAGUCUGCUGAAAUAUUAAUGGCGAGUCUCUAUAGGGUAGAUACAUACCAGCAACUUAAUAGAGUGUAUUAAAUAUUGUCUAGUGAGUGUGUAUGAUAAUGAUAAUGACGAAGGUGGACUAUUGUAAAUUGUAAAUAUUUUUACUUUUAUUAAGCAUAAAAUUUCAAAAAAAAACUAAAAAAAAAAAGAAAAACGACAAAUAGAAGGCUAAAGAAAACAUAUUUUUAUACAAAUAAAACAAAAAUAUUACACAAUAUAUAAGAAUAUUUAUUCCAGUUGCUCUGCUUGUAGCUGGAGCAUAAUCCAAGAGUGCCAAUUAUUAGGUGCGGUCUUAAUUAAAUAAGUUAUGAAAAUCAGGUACGCAGUAACAUAUUAAGCAAUCAAUCUAUAUAAUCAACAUAUAAAGACAAACUGAAUUGUACCUGAAAGCAGUUAUAAAGAAGUCUAAGCGUAGAAAAAAAUAUUAAGAAUUACACUAAACUGAUUUAAAGGAGCAGAAAAAGUUUUGAGCAAAAAAGGUCAAGCGCCGAAAGAUAUGUGAAGAAUUACACUAAAGUGAAAUAUUAUAGCAGAAGUAACUUCAAGUAGAUACUUAAUGAGGUUUUCACUUCGACCUUCAACCCUGAGAAGCGAGAGGAAUAUUUCGAACUGCACUAAAGUGUAGUAAAAGCAGUUUGUAAAGUGUAGUUUUGAGCAAAAAAGGGCAAGUAGUGAAAGAUACCAAGAUACCAUUUAUGAAGAACUCCACUAAAGUGAAAUAAUACAGCAGAAGUAAUUUCAAGUAAAAAAGUCUAGGGAGAUGAAAAAAUAUUACGAAUUACACUAAAGUGAAAUAAAAGAGCAGAAUUAGUUUUGAGCAAAAAAAAUAAUACAAAUAGCGACAGAUACCAUAUAUGAAGAACUAUCAUACAUUAAAGUGAAAUAAUAUAGCAGCAGUAAUUUCUAGUGAAAAAGUCUAGAAGGCGAAAGAAAUAUUCCGAACACCAAAGUGAAAUAAAACAGCAGAAAUAGUUUUGUUAACAUUUUUAAAGAAAAUAAAAAAAAUAUUAGAACUGUAUAAAGUAAAAUAAUAAAACAGCAGAAAUAGUUUUGUUUACAGGUUUAAAGAAAAUAAAAAAAAUAUUAGAACUACACUGAAGGGAAAUUAAAAAGCAGGCAUUAUUUUUAAUGAGCAAAAAAACGACUCAUAAACCAAAUUUUUAUUGUUAUUGAUAAAAAGGAUUUAAUAAAAGUAAAGGAAGCAAGCAAAAUGUUUAUAUAGUUUUCGGUACUAUAACAAACAACCCAGCAUAUGUUUCUGACUAAGCAGAUAAAGAUUACAACAAUUUUUCUGACAGAACAAUUUCAAAGAAGUAAGAAAUAGUUUUUUUGUUUCCAAAAUUGCGCAAACAUUGAACAU